UAUAUGUAUAUAUAUACACAUAUGUAGACGAAGUUGCUUUGCGCUGGGGUGGACGCACACUCACCGAGCUUUUUGAGGUCUUCUUCUCGAGCGCGCGCGAGGGCGGACGAAGAGGGGAAGGAGUGCCAAGUCAGCUGCGGACUGGAAGCGAGCAGGAGGGGGAGGUCUCGGCUGUCAACGAGGAGACACUCUGAGGAAGAGUCAGUCGACGCCGCAGAAGGACAAGAGGCAGCAACGGAAGGAGAGAGAGCGAGAGAGGACGAGAGGUCCUGGACGUUGCUCGGAGAGGGAGCAGUGGACAGGUCUCUUUCUCUUCCAUCUCGCGUCUCUUCUCCGUUGUAUUCUGCUGGCUUGUGUCCGCGUUCCCCUCCUCGCCCUGCUGGCUUGCGGUCAGGCUCCGCCUGCAUUUGUCUCUUUUCUGCCGCGGCCUCGGCGCCUCGGACGAGAAAGUCUCCGUACGCGUUCCGCAACGCACGGACCAUUUGCAUAAUUCUGGAGAGAAGGCCAGACACAGCGAAAGAGAGUUCUCUGCUUUGACACCACGCAGAGGAGGAGGAGAUGCAGAACGAAAGAGAACAAGAGAGGGCAAAGCACGAGAGAGAGAGCCAGAGAAGAUAGGAAAUUCGGCGAGUCGGAAAAGCCCACAGGGACAGAGUCGCAGGAUGCCGGAAUUCAGCACAACUUUUUCAGCAGUCUUGAGCGGUCCAGCGGAGCGCUUCUCGAAAAAAGAGAGUCGGAAAAGAAGAGACACAAGACGAGGAGCACGAAGAGGAGAAGCCGGAAAGACAGACCUCUUAGUGUCACAUGGAAACAUGGUUCCUGUUACCACUCGAGUAAAAAGAGAGAGCGAAAACGCCGACUCAGAGGCGAGCAGAGAACUCAAAACAAAGCGCCAGUGCACCCACCGCGAAAGGUUUUCAGCUCGACAUCGUUCUAACUUCUCGAACUGACGCUGGCUCCCCGAUUUUUCUGUCUUCUUCCCCCUACGGGUCUUUGCCGCCCUACUCUCUCUUCAAAGCUGCGAGAGACACAUCCAAAUUGAAGAAAGCUCGUAGCGCCUGGGCUUCUGCUUCCUCUUCUCUCUCCUCGGAACUUCCUUUCGCCGUCCUUCCCUUCUCGCCUUUCGCUUCGCUGUACAUACACCUGAAGGCAGGAGGCGGAGAAGGCAGUGGAGGAGCGUGGAGCGGAAAAGGAUUUGCGGAAGUUCGUUCGGGCAGACUGCGGGACCCGAAGGAUGAGUGAAUUGAACGAACCGAAUUCCAAGAGUGUCAGAACUACCACUGCGUUGUGAGGCUCUCGCAAGAGUCCCCUCAGACCGCGAAGCUGCGCGCUUGAGGGAAGGACGCCGGCGACGACAGCCGCAGAGAGAAGAAGAGACACAGAGAGAGGAAGAAGGAAAACGGAGUGAAGGAAAAGGAGGCGCAAGAGAGGAAGAGAAGGAAAGGGCGACACAGACAACGGUCAAGAAAGACCCAGGACGGCAAAACGAACCUGUACAAAGUCGUUGUGGGCGUUUGUAUAAUUUGAAAAACUCGACGGCCCACAAGGCCCUCCCAGAGAAAGGCAGGACUGUGGCCGAUGUCCACAAAUUGAAACGUUUGCCCUGAGGAAAAACGCAUUUCCGAGCAGUCAUGGAGAACAGAGAAGAACCGCGCGUGCAGUCGCGCAACGCAUCUGUUUGCACAGCGGACACAAAACGCGAAUGGGCGCGUCCCUGUCUCGCGUCGUCUCUCUUUUCAACGCGAGAGCGCGACUGUGAAGAGGCGCGAGGCAUUUACUCAAAGUUAUACAGUUUGCUGGUAAAUAUGUAACUAGCGAGCGAUACACAUCCUGAUGAAAACACCCCAAGGAAGCGCGUGAGAAAUCAUGGAAUCUCGCGGUGGAAGUCGCGCAGCGGCACAGGCCAAGCCGACUGUCGAGGUGCAAGCGCAGGAAAAACUGUCAACAGAAAUCGAGAAAUCCUACCUGUCGUGAGGCAGUGCUCAGGCCUCAGCUCCUCAGCGGGGACGCACAGGUCUCGCCAGUUCGCUUCGCGCAGCCGAGAGAGAGGCAAAAAAACUUUUGAGGAAGCAGAAGAGGCGGUUGGAGAAGAUGGAACAGAAGAAGGAAGAGGGGAGGGAGGAGACGGAGAAGAGGAAGGAGAGCGAGAAGAGGUAGAAGGAGCAGGAGAAAGAGAAGAGGAGAAAGGGGAGAGAGAAGGAGAUGAAGACGACGCUCGAGUUGAGAGGGAAUUACGAGAUGAGAGACGAGCCGGGUGACCAGAAUGAGGAAGAAACAGAGCAGAGUGAUUUUUCCGUCGCCGUUUCAACCUUUGUGUGUCCUCGGUCGCCGUCUCUUCCUCCUUAAUUUUUCCUUCUCCAACUCUGUCAUCCUCCGCGUUGUCACUCGAAUUUCCUCGCGGGACUUUGGCUGUGGUGCGAGAGCCUCUCUGCGUCUUCGGAGACGAGGCGCCUUCGCUCUUCAUCUCGAAAUCAGGGAGAACAAAGAAGUUUCUCCUGCGGUGACGGGUGCGACGAAAACCAGCCCCAGGGGAGGCCACAGGCGAUGGAGAGAAAUGCAGCGACAGAAAGUGCAACAGCAACGGAGACAUAAAAGCCGAGACAGAAGAAGCGCGAGAAGAAGAACAUGAGAGAGAAGAGCAGGCGGAGCAAGCGAGAGAGGAGAGAAAAGAAGAUGCCCGAGAAGGGAGGGGGGUGCAGACACUGAGACAGAGGAGGAGGAAGAGAGAGAAGAAGAGAGAGAAGAAGAGAGAGAAGAAGAGAGAGAGGAGAGUAGCGGAUAGUCGACCUAGACGGCGGAAUGCGAGCAUGCAGAAAGCAGAGACGGCGAACGGACCUGCCGGUGGUGGAGAGUUCCGCGAGCACAUGACAGCGUUAGCGCCUCUUCAAAAAGAAGAAGAGGAGAUAUGUUUUUGGAGAGACACCGGAAAAAAGCGGAUCGCGACACAGACCUCGGCCUACGCAGAACCUGCCUGUGUGCAGCUCGCCGGGUCGACCUCCCAAGAGCGUCGCCUUCUUCUUCUCCACUCUCGUCCCCUGGAGAUGCAGCCGUUGGGGAAGAAGGAAAACUGCAGUGCCUAGGAGAGAGAUGAGAAGAAGCUCUGCCUCUUCGUUGCUCAAGGAAAGGGGAAGACUUUUUCUGAAAAGGAAGAAAGCGUUUACACUACGCGCAUGCGCUCAAACUGCUGCAUGCAGCCGAACGCGCGUGGUAUGUGUGCGUCGACCCUGUCGCGUCUCGUUUUCUCACUCUGUCUUCGUCUGUCUGUUUCGUCCUGGCUCGAAGCCUCGGUCUCGCUUUUCCCCUUUGCCUCCUGGGGCGUCGCCUUUUUUCGUCUUUUCCUGUCUCUUUGUUUUCCUCGACUUUCCUCUCCCGGCUGUGCGCAAGCACCGGCGUUUCACAGGCGCGGCCGCUCCCAGUGUCUGCGCGAGACAAGAGAGAGAGAGAGACAAAGGAGUCUUCUUUCUCUCGAGAAUUCUCUUUUCCUUCUUUUGUCGCCUUCUCUUCGCACGAAGAAGCGGAGAGAAGGGGAAGAAACAACGCGGGGCGAGAGCGAAGGACGCGCCCGUCACGGUUCCUCGGCAGGCCGCAUCUUCCGGCGUCUCCGAAGAAACGGAACAGUCCCUUUUAACUCUUUGGUGUCGUUCGUGUCUCCGCCUCCACAAAAAUUCAUUUUGAGCUCCCGCGCUUCUCUAGCGAUGGAGAGACGUCAAACACACAGACGGGACUCUUCCCCUCUCUCUUGCCCCGAAGUUCUUGCCUCCUCUUUUCCUUCCUUUUUUUCUUCUGCGUUUCCUUCUUCUCCGUCUCCGGCCUCGAAGAGACACUCUGAUUCCCCUGUAUGUCCUCUCCCUCGUCUGUCUCCUGCAUCUCGCACUCCCGUCCACGUUCGCCGGUCUCACUGCAACCUGUUUGUCGUUCUUCUUGUGUCGCUUCUUCUCGCCGCAGACGCUUCGCGCCUCCUUCCUCGCGGCGCCUCUUCAUCCACUUCAGCAGACGAGGAGACACAACGCGCUGCUGAUAUCUCUCUUCCCCCAACUCCGCCUUCGCCUUCGAGUUCUCCGUCGGGUUCGUCUGAUUCUCUUCCUAUCGCAUCGACUUUUUCUUCUCCCUCUUCUUCUUCCUCUUCUUCCUCUUCGUCUCCCUCUCCCUCUUCUUCUCCCUCUUCUUCUCCCUCUUCUUCUUCCUCUCCCUCUUCUCCCUCUUCUUCUUCCUCUCCCUCUUCUCCCUCUUCUUCUUCCUCUCCCUCUUCUCCCUCUUCUACCUCUUUGCCUUGGCGCGGGGAGGACGGUGAGGGGGAGAGACCGAGAAGCAGAGAAGAUCCCGGAACGUUUGCAAGGCGCGAGGGAAGCGAGGAGGCAGGAGGAAAGAAAGAGGAAUCAUGCCUCUCUGCGUCCUCCGAUUUUGCGGCAGAAACAUUUCAUGCGAAGGCCGCCACUGAGCACAAAACAGAGAAAGACAGCGCGGACGGAGGAGACAGCGAAGACGAGAGACUUCUUCAAGAGCGAAGCGUUCUCUGCAGCGAUUUAGACGAGCGCCCGGAACUCUGCGAGGCUUUGCCGAGGUGUAUGUACACCUGGGCGGGCACCGGAGAAGAAGAUCGUCUCGUUAUUGGACUGCGUGAAAGCAACAGAAAGAGAGGACGGUGUAUUCUUGACACAGAAUUCAUGAAACAACAAGUGAAAGAAGACUGCAUGAUGCUUCCGAGAGGAACUCUGUUUGCGAUUGCGAGAGACAUGCACAGAGCGGACUUCCUGCGGACAGGAGCGUCGCUGCUCAGCCACUUGCGCUCGCGCGGCGACGCCUCGCUGCUCUGCCGCGCCGUGACGCAUGCGUACUUCUCCGCGCCCAUUGUUCAACUGCAUGCGCUGGAGGCGAAGCAGCUUGCCGGCCAGAACUCGCGGAAGCGGCGCACAGCAGGCGAGACGUCUGAAGAAGAAGAGAGAGAGAAAUGCGACACCGAGCGAGACUGGCGACUGGCGCUGGCUGCGCAGCUGCAGAGCCUGAGAGAGAAGCGCUGGGGAAGUCUAGAGCCUUGGGAGAAACUCAUUCGUAUUCUGCACUGAAGUCGAGAGAAACGCUUCAGGAACGAUGAACACUCAAGGACUUCGCGCUCCCCCUUGUUCCUCUGUUGUAUCUGUUCAUAACUGUCUCCAGUGAUUUCGGUCUACUCCUCUCUACGCGUAUGUGUAUCGUUUCCGACGAGCUCUCUCUCCCUGUCAAAAACUGUGCAUGUGAAUGCACCUAUAUAUCUUUGCUCACAUACAUAUAUUUAUAUAUGUAUGUGCUUAUUAAUAUACGAUGUGUGUAUGAUCUAUCCAUCUGUACAGUGUCGUCUUUGCUGCCGCUGUGGAGGCGAUUUGUCUAGAGAGAGUCGGGAGUUGGGCGCCUAUCGAGACUUUUUUCGCUCGUUGAGCCGCGGUCCUUCGACUUCACUCGAAGAGCCGGUGAGAGGAGAGCGGCAAACGUGGAGAGGCACAACGGACGUCAGCGAAGGGGGGAGGAGAGACUGCAGAGGGGAGUAAAGCACCAGAAGAGAGAGGCGCGCAAAGGACCAGACCUAGGCAGCCAGCGAGAUCUGCACAGCGAGCGAAGCAGACUUUCAGAGACAGAGCACCAGAGAGAGAGAAUCAGAGAUAGAGACAGAGAACCAGAGAAAGAGAGAGAGUCAGAGAACCAGAGAAAGAGAGAGAGUCAGAGAACCAGAGAAAGAGAUAGAGUCAGAGAACCAGAGAAAGAGAUAGAGUCAGAGAACCAGAGAAAGAGAUAGAGUCAGAGAACCAGAGAAAGAGAUGGAGUUCGGAAGAAGUGGAGAAAGUCAAGGAGCGACACAGAAAGGGGCGCAAAAGGAGAGGCAGGGAGGGAGAGAGAGAGACGGGGAGACGCACAGCUCGAGAGAGGUGUAUCGAGAUGCCCAACGACGGAGCCUGUGAAGAGACCUGUG